AUGGCCACACCAUUACGGACCCGGUCCUCUGGGCCAACCUUGCGGCAUCUUUGGUCCAACCACUCUAUAUUCUCUACCACACCCAGGUGCCGCGCUCCAUUGCAAGUGCGACGAUAUGCGACGACCAACCACCUCCCAAAGAUCGCCCAGACAUCCGUAUGGACGGCGAUGAUUCCCAGGUUCAUCCGCAACCGCGGGACACGCAAGGAGCGCGCAGCGAAAGACACCAAAUCCACCGAAUGGAACCCAGCCACCUUCUACAUCAUCAUCUUCACUCUCAUCGGGUCGCAGGCUAUUCGCCUGAUGACUCUGAAGAACGACUAUGCGGCCUAUCGCCGGACGACAGAUGCGAAGAUUGAGCUCCUGCGGGAGGUGAUUGAGAAGGUUAAGCGGGGGAGACGGUCGAUGUGGAGAGGUUGUUGGGUACUGGCGAUGAGGCGAAAGAACGGGAAUGGGAAGAGGAUUGAGGAAGAGGAUUCUCUCUGGCACCAAAAGAACUCCAAGUCCGAAUCGCCACAAAAGCAAAGCCAGACACCGAAAGCCCAAGAAAAGGACUCUGUGGCACCUGCCACCGCCAAUCUAGGCGACGAGAGCAAGAUCCAAUCAACGCGGAAAACGAAUUUCUUUUGA